AUGGCUUCACUAUUUAUUAUCUGGAUAUCUCUUCUAUGGACUAAUGUUUUGGGUCAAUAUGCUGCGCUAAUUGACGAAAAUAAUACAAACAUCACCAAGAUUACUACUGAUACAUUUGCUGAAUGCAUUACCUCUAAAGAUUUAAUCCUGGCUGAAUUCACAGUCCCCAACUGCCCUCACUCUAAAAUGUUAUUACCUGAUUUAGAACAGGUGGCCACAAUAUUAAAACCUCGUGGCAUCGAAGUUAUUCAAAUUAAUUGUGAGGAAGAUGAUUAUAUCUGUUCUGAGUUAAAAGUUACAUAUUUCCCAACUUUGAGAGUCUUUAAAAAUCACCGUUUAGUACACUCAAUGGACGUGGAGAAAGAUAAGUCUGUCGAUGGGUUGGUCUCUUACAUGCUGGCUCAGGAUGAAUGUAGUAUACUUACAGCUAACAAUAGAGAUGAAUUGAAUCAAAUUUUAAUUGAUCCAGAUAUUUCCGAUGAAUAUGUUGUAGUCAAUAACGGGCUCUAUGAACUUAACGAAACAGUAUCAUACUUAGCUAACCAAUUGUUUAAUUCCCAUAUCUUUGUCAAUUAUAGAGUGGAUUCAAUGAAUAAUAACACCAAUACUCAUGAUAACAACACAUUUUUACCCUACAAAGUUGGGUUGUAUAAACCAUUCAAUCCUGCUAACGUUACAUCUAGAGGAGAACCAAUUGUAUUCGAGGGUAAUUUAACCGCAAUAGUGGAAGAUUCCUCUGAAUUUAAAAGUUGGUUACAAUACUCUAUAUUACCACCAUUUGCUGAUGUCGAACCAGAGACUUUUAAAAAUUAUAUCGAUUCUAAGUUACCACUAGGCUAUUAUUUCUAUUUAACAAACAAAGAAUUAGAGGAAUUGACACCAUUUUUCACUCAGUUAGGCCAAAAAUAUAGAGGUAAGAUUAAUUUUAUUGGUCUAGAUGCCAAAGUUUAUCACAGCCAUGUUAAAUAUUUGAACAUGAGGGAACAGUUCCCAUUGUUUGGUAUCCAUGAUAUGAUUAAUAACAGAAAAUACGGUAUUAAACAGAUGCCUGCAGAAGAAUAUAAAUUAAUAACAAGUCUACCAAUCUUAAAUCAAACUGAAGUGGCAAUAUUAGUAGAAGAUUUUAUUAAUGGCGUCGCUGAACCAAUAAUAAAAUCUGAAGAAAUCCCAACUGAACAGAAUUCUAAUGUUUUUAAACUAGUAGCAAAAACCCAUGAUGAUAUUGUAUUGAACAACAGUAAAGACGUUAUUGUCAGAUACUAUGCACCAUUUGAUAUCCGUAACAAGAAAGGUAAUGAUAAUUUCCAUAAAGUAGCUGAUGUAUUUGCAUCUGAUGAAAAAUUAAAGUCUAAAGUUUUAUUUGCGGAUAUCAAUAUGCAAGCUAAUGAUAUUGCAUCAUUUGCCAUAUAUUCUUAUCCAACAAUUAUUUUAUACCCUUCGGGUAACGACACUGUUCCAAUUACAUUAUCUGGACCAAAAACACCAAUAAAACUUAUGAAAUUUUUGAAAAACAAUGGUACUCACCAUGCAGAUGGGCUUAAGCUAUAUUUUAAGACUUACCCAGCUGAAAAUGUAGAUAUUGAUAUAGAUGAGGAGGAACAAGAGCCAAAAUUGAAUUCUCUUUUUGAUUCUAAUGAGCAAAAAACUGUCAAAUCUCAAGAAACUAUCGUAAAGAAGGCCGAAUCUACCUCAGAUAAUCACCCAGAUGAUAAACCAGUAGCACACGAUGAAUUAUAG